AGCCGAGCGUCUGAGGUCACGUGUCUGUCUGUGGACACGGAAAUGCUUCGUCAGUUGCAGUGAUCAAUCAAAACAAUCUCAAAGUGAUUUUUUUUCCCCCUUCCUCAUUAUCUUGAGCUGCAUUAGCAUCGUCAUGGACGAAACAAUCUUCCAGCUGAAGUUUACUUCCAAGCAGCUCGAGAGACUGUCCAAGAAGGCGGAGAAGGACGCUGACAAGGAGCGGGCCAAAGUUAAGAAGGCGCUCCAGCAGAAAAACACAGAAACUGCUCGCGUUUAUGCAGAGAACGCCAUUCGGAAGAAGAACGAGAGUCUUAACUGGCUGCGUUUGUCAUGUCGUGUGGAUGCUGUGGCCUCAAAAGUCCAGACUGCUGUCACCAUGAAGGGAGUGACCAAAAACAUGGCCCAGGUGACCAAGGCCCUGGACAAAGCUCUGGGCUCCAUGGACCUCCAGAAGGUCUCUGCAAUCAUGGACAAGUUUGAAGGCCAGGUCCAGAACCUUGAUGUCCAUACCUCAGUCAUGGAGGACUCCAUGAGCUCAGCUAUGACGCUGACCACUCCCCAGAACCAGGUGGAUGACCUGAUCCAGCAGAUAGCUGAGGAAAGCGGCCUGGAAGUCAUGGACCAGCUCAGCCAGCUGCCUGCAGGAGCCACCUCCAUUGGUGCAGAGAGCUCGCGGAGCCAGGAGAAGGAGGAGCAGCUGUCCCGAAGGUUGGCUGCUUUGAGGCAUUGAGAGCAGCUGCAGUAACCAUGACGACAGGAGCCACGGCGACGGGAGCUGUUUUUUUUUAUUGAACUGUUGCUGCAGCUCAUCCCCAGCUUCACCUUCCUGUUGUGUCUUUUACUUCCUGUUGUUUUUUUUGUUUUGUUUUUUUUAAAUAAAGCUCUUGGACAUGUUUGCUGUAAGCCACUGACAAAACAGGGGUGUGAUAAUCAGAUCAGGUUGUGGGCUGAUGGUUCUGUGGGCGGAGCCUGUUUCAGUCCAGGCGUUAGGGCUUCACUGCGUGCACACACUAUCCUCAGAUUUUCUUCUUUUGUAAAUUGUUUCCUACUUUAGGUUUUGUGGAUGCUGUUUUGUUUUUGUUUAUCUUCGUUUGCCUUAUUUGGUGGUGUCGCAGCGUCCUGUCUGUACUGUCUGACAACCAGCUGAAGCUGAACGUCAUCGCCAGACCGUCACUUACUGCUGAUGAGACCACGCCUCCAAACGAGAGAAGCCAAAACAGCGCCAUCACUCCCAGUGGCUGCUUUCAGUACUGCAUGAGCUCCGCCUCCUCCAGGUCAGUCAGGGACAUGCUAGAACUCUCAACUCUGAAGAGGGGUGGAGCUUAGGUGAUGACCCUGUUUGACAAAAUGUUAUGGACAGAUUUAUGAAGACUGUCGGGAGACGUCAAAUAAACUUUGGUUGCGGUUCA